AUGGCGCUCGUCGAGCUGUUUUUUGUGCUGACAUUUCUUGGCGCGCUCUUCUACAAAUGGUCCGUAUCCAGCUUUGCAUACUUCAAGCGCCGGGGCGUGGCCCAUGAGCGCCCACUGCCCUUCUUCGGCAAUGUGCCGCUGAGCGUAAUGCUCGGUAGCGAUUCGCAUGUGAGGCACAGCAUUCAGCUGCAUCAGCGAUUGAAGCACCACAAGGUCUACGGCGUAUACAAUCUGCGAGAGCCGCUCUACUACCUAGCGGAUGCUGAAUUGAUACGCCAGGUGGGCAUCAAGCACUUCGAUGUAUUUACCAAUCAUCGGCAGGCCAUUGGCGAUGAGCACGACACUGGCGAUAUUUCUGUAAUGUCCAGAUCGUUGCUAUCGCUGCGCGAUCGACGCUGGAAAGAGAUGCGCAAGACGCUGACACCUGCCUUCACAGGUGCCAAGAUUCGUCUCAUGUUUGAGUUGAUUAACAGCUGCAAUGUGGAAGCCGUUCAGUAUGUGGAACGCAAGCUACAGGCUAGCGAGGAACAGGGCAUUGAACUGGAGCUCAAGGAAUUCUUCACACGCUACACGAACGAUGUGAUUGCCUCGACGGCCUUCGGGGUGCAGGUGAACAGCUUUGUGGAUGAACAGAACGAAUUCUUCACAUUCGGACAGCGGCUAUUACAAUUCAGCUUCUGGGGCGGCAUCAAGGUCUUUCUCUACAUUGUAAUGCCAAAGAUAAUGAAGGCUCUGCGCGUGCCCGUUAUGGACCUGAACAAUGUGGCGUACUUUAAGCGCUUGGUCUUUGGCGCCAUGGAGCAGCGCAGGGAGCAGAACAUUGUGCGUCCCGAUAUGAUUCAGCAGCUGAUGGAGGCGCAGCGAGUCUUCAAGGAGCAGCAGCAACAGCAGCCGGAACAGGCACAGGAAUCGGAUCAGGAUCAGCCGGCCGCUGAGUUCAAUGAUGAGGAUCUCCUGGCACAAUGUCUGCUCUUCUUUUCUGCUGGCUUUGAGACCGUUUCCACCUGCCUGAGCUUUACCGCCUACGAGCUGCUCAUGAAUCCGGACGUGCAGCAACAACUCUACGAGGAAAUUCUAGCUGUGGAGCAGCAGCUGGCGGGCAAGCCAUUGGACUACGAUAGCCUCAUGGGCAUGAAGUAUUUGGAUUGCAUCAUCUCGGAAUCGCUACGCAAAUGGCCGCCUGCAGUGGUCAUUGAUCGCAUGUGCUCGACGGACUUUGAGCUGAAGGAUGAGGCGGGCGAAUCGAUCUUGAAACUGAGCAAAGGUGAUCUGGUCCAUAUACCCAUUGUAGCGCUGCACUACGAUCCGGAUAACUUCGAGGAGCCGGAACAGUUUCGACCCGAACGCUUUGAUGAGGAGCACAAGCAUGAGAUACGACCCAAUACUUAUCUGCCCUUUGGUGUGGGUCAACGCAGCUGCAUUGGCAAUCGCAUGGCUUUGAUGGAGGUCAAAUCGCUCAUCUAUCAAAUGGUGCUACGCUUCCGCCUGCUGCCCGCCGAGCGCACCGUGCACGACAUGAUGGCCAGCAUCGAGGGCUUUCGCAUGGAGCCGCGUGAGCUGUUCUGGUGUCGCUUCGAGCCCAGAAAAAAAUCAAACUGAACAGCAUUGAGGGAGACAAUAGUUGAGGAAAUGCGUGAAGCUUUAAGUGAGCUUUUUAGAAAAUCCUUGUUGCACAAAUGUUUGCCUAAAGCUU